AUGUCUGCUGUUUUCCAAGCAACUUUGGCUUGGAGUCAGCGGAAGUCUUCCCGCUCUCGAGAUGUGGCCGUGCUGCGAAGCAGCCGCCACCGCUCCACCGCAAUUUCGAGGCUCGGGCCUCUACUCAAAGCUAUGUCGCGGAGAGAGCAGAGCCUCGUGCUUGUGCAGCUUACUGGUCCGGCAUCGGCAAUUGAUGGACUCUACCUUGAAGUUCGGAACUUGUUGUUUACCGUUUUGCUUCUUCGAGCCUCAGAUCCCCCACCCUUCCCUGUUCUUCGGCGUGAGCUCCACCCAAGCAUGGCGUGCCUCCGUGUACUGGCUGCAGCCAGCCUUCUCUGCGCACUUGGCGCAGGCCACGAAGGCCACGACCACUGCACGCACGAGGCCUCCAUGGUGAACUACACUUGCAACACCACCACAUGCGGAGGCUAUAUGGCCUACAAAUCUUCAGGAUGCACUGCCACAAGCAAGUGCCCAGCCGUCGUCGUCAUUCAGGACUGGAACGGCAUGAACGACUACGAGAAGGAGCGAACGCGGAUGUUGGCUGAGAUGGGCUAUGUGGGCUUCGCCGCUGACAUCUACGGCUAUGGCACGCCUGUUGAGGACAUGUCCGACUGGAUGGCGGCUUCCUCCGCCCAUCGUGGGAAUCCGGAUCUGUACAUGUCCAAAAUCAGUGCUGCCAUCGACAAGGUGAAGUCUUACGACUUUGUGGAUACGACGAAAGUCGCCGUAAUUGGCUACUGUUUCGGUGGAACCGGUGUGGUGAACAUGGCCAUUCUAGGGAUGGAGGGCGUUUUGGGAGUGGUUGGCUACCACUCCGGCAUCAGCCCAAAUGCUAGGGUGGUGCGGGGCAACAUCACUGCGCCUAUGGUCGCCAAGGUGCUGCUGCACUCGGGCGUGAAGGACGAUGCUGCGACCGACAUGGCGAUGCUGGAGGAAGAGUUUGAGUCCGCAGGGGCAACAUACGAGAUCGUUCGCUUUGGCUCGGGCAUCUACCACAGCUUCACGGAGUGGACGGCCAAUGCUCCCAUGGCAGCUAUGUACGACCAGCGUGCAGACGUCAGGUCUUGGGAGAGCACCAAGCACUUCCUCAUGGAGCUGUUCGAUGGCCUCCCAGCUGCUAGCCGCGGGCCGGAGAACGCAAUGCUGACCACCGGACUGCACAACUACACGUGCAACACGACGACCUGCGAGGGAUACAUAGCCUACAAUGCCUCGGGUUGCACUGCCAGCAUGAAGUGCCCAGCAGUCGUCGUCAUUCAGGACUGGAACGGCAUGACCGACUACGAAAAGGAGCGCUCGCGGAUGUUGGCCGAGAUGGGCUAUGUGGGCUUCGCUGCCGACAUCUACGGCUAUGGCACGCCUGUUGAGGACAUGUCCGACUGGAUGGCGGCUUCCUCCGCCCAUCGUGGGAAUCCGGAUCUGUACAUGUCCAAAAUCAGUGCUGCCAUCGACAAGGUGAAGUCUCUCGACUUUGUGGAUACGACGAAGGUCGCCGUAAUUGGCUACUGUUUCGGUGGAACCGGUGUGGUGAACAUGGCCAUUCUAGGGAUGGAGGGCGUUUUGGGAGUGGUUGGCUACCACUCCGGCAUCAGCCCAAAUGCUAGGGUGGUGCGGGGCAACAUCACUGCGCCUAUGGUCGCCAAGGUGCUGCUGCACUCGGGCGUGAAGGACGAUGCUGCAACCGACAUGGCGAUGCUGGAGGAGGAGUUCGAAUCAGCAGGGGCCACAUACGAGAUCGCUCGCUAUGGCUCUGGUGUCUACCACAGCUUCACAGAGUGGAUGGCCAGCGUGCCCAUGCAAGCCAUGUACGACCAGCGUGCGGACGUCAGGUCUUGGGAGAGCACCAAGCACUUCCUUAUGGAGCUGUUUGUCGGUCUCCCUGCCGCAGAACGAGAGCCCGAGUGCGACCAUGACCACGACGGAGACAACCAGGUCAAUGCCACCUUCACCUCGGACUCUCUGCCUCUGCAGUCUCGGAGCCUCUCGGCCUUGGCCGGUCUCCUCGCCCUGGCCUACAACCUGGCCAGGGCUGGCGAAGUGCUGCUAGCAGCGUUGCAGCAGCGGUUGCCCGGCAUGGCCGCGGUGCCCCAGGUUUUCGCUGAAGUUUUUUGUCGCAGUGCAGGAAGCACCGCGGAGACCCGCCUGGCGCUCACGCCAGGGAAGGUGGAAUUGGUCGUCGGCCGUGACAAGUCCUGCGACUACCAGGUGUCGAACUCCAAAGUUUCGAAGCAUCACUUGAAGCUGCGCUGGUUGGAGUCGCAAUGCCUUCAGCUGGUGGCUGCUGGAAAUUCGGGAUGUGCUGUGAAUGGGGCACCUUUGAAGAAGGAUGAGCAACGCCACCUCCAAGAUGGUGACCGGGUCGAAGUGGGGAAAAGGGGAGGAAAGAGCGAGUCGCAGGAUGCACACUGCUGUCUCCGUGUCCAGUUUCCCAAGAAGCAGACAGCAGAGGAGCCCAAGAACGUGGAGCCGGAGCGCAUCCUUGCGCCGGCCCAGACGACAAGGGCGAGAGGUCCUCUGGAUGACUACGUUGCGAGCCCGCUGAGAGGGGACACCGCUCCUCGCAAUCCAGAGGAAGCGGUGACAAGUCCGUCUACGACUGAGAAGCAGAUGACUUCGGAGCAGUUCAACACCUUCGAGGAGCGUCGUGAGCUCGACAAGACUCAUGCAGAGAUCCGGGAGAUCGAAGAGAAGAUCGUGGAACUAGAGGAGGAGAAGAGGUGUCCCAAAGACGAUUCCCCACGAAAGGCUUUCCCUACCAAGGAUGGGCCGUGGCCGAAGGUUCCCUCACGGUGCCCUUUGUCUUCGCAGGCUCCAGCUGCCCCGUGGAGCACGGCGAGCAGCAUCCCACCUCCGCCGCCGGGGCCUCCACCCGUGGGGCCCCCACCGGGACCCCCACCAGGGCCACCCCCGAAAGCUGCGCCGACGCCGACGCCGAUCACGCCAGCCCCUGGAACGGUGCCUUUCUGCCCAGCUCCUGAAGAAGAGCCAAGAACUCCCACGAAGCGAGGGCGGUCUCAGCUCACCCGAGACUCUCCGACGGCGCAGAAGAAGAGCCGAUGCCAGUCGCCUGGCGUCGUCGUUCCCCCGAAGAGAAUGCCUGUGGCUUCUGCAGCUUUGCAGGAAAUGUCAAAGCCAGUCCCCUUGCCGCCUGGGCCACCGCCCGCAGAAACCCCAGGCGUCCCUGAACCUCCAACACCGCAAAAGCAGGUGACAAAGACCGAGCCAAACGACUGGGAUAACUGGUACAGCCAGGACGAGUGGUGCCAAUGGAACGAGUGGGAAGAGGCAUCAUGGUACGCGGAAGCAGGCGAGAAGCCUUCCACCGACUGGGGCUGGCAGGCAAAUGUGGAGACUCCGGAUCCAGCGCCUGGCAUCCUACCAGCUGCAAGCGAACUGGAAUCAUUUGGGCUUCCGCCACCUCCGCAGCCGCCUCCACAGGUCAGCAGCACGCCAGCUGUCGGCCAGCCGUGCCCAAAGGAAGUUCUCGGCACCCCGACGCGCCGACUCCGUGGUAUUUCGACAGGGCGCGCCCGCAGUCGAACUCCCGCGAGGGGUCGUCGAAGCCCCAGCCGUGGGCGAAGCAUGUGCAGAUCAGUCACGCGUGAGCCCGGGCCGGCCUCGCAAGCUGCAGGCGCGAACGAAGCGCACUCGACGGAAGGCAGCGAGGCAGUUGCCUGGGACUUGGUGGACUAUCUGCAGACGGUGCUCAAACUGGAUCGAUCCGCCAGUGCAGCUUUGCGCCUGCUUCCUUUGCACCAGGCCCGGGAUGCCCUUGGCAAAGCUUUGCACGACGAGAAUCCCAGCAAAAUCGUCCACAAGCACUACCGAGCCCAGCGGCCGCAGGAGGAGGAUAGACCUCUGAGCUACGAUGCCUUGGCAGCGAUAGAGACGCUGCCUCCGGAGCAGGCCCAGCAGCUCUUCAAGAAGUUGCCCAAGUCGAUGAAUCCGAAUGCAUUCGUGAUGGGCUGGGUCCGCCGCUACCGACAGGAGGAGCAGCAGCAAAAUCCUUCGGAAAGCUGGUGGAACUACUGGCCCUGA